CAAUUUCGCCUGAGAGAGCAUGCACCUACCAGGUGCUAUAAGGUGCAGGCUCUGAUGUCUUGCAGAGUUUGCAGACAUUGGGGAUACAGUCAAGAAAGCAAGCGCCAUGAUGAGAUUGCACAAGAGGAUGGCAUCAGACCGGUCAGGCCAAAUCGUGCUCUCCAAGUUGAAUUACCUGCACGACAGCUGGACAGGUCAAGAAUCAAGCGGAUGGACGGCUACCACGAUUCAGGAUGUGUGGGGAGGUUUGCGGCCGACUCAUGGGAGAUGGCACCUAGCACAUGAUGAUUUUUAUGGAGCGGCAUGCACGAUGCUUACCUCUCCAACAGCCGAUGUCAGUGGAAACUCGGCUGUGAAAUUUACAAGAAGACUUUGGAUACUGAAGGGCCCAGUGAGAAACCAAAUUCGAUCCUUUCCCGCUGGGAAAUACUUGGCAUCGCAAGGCUUUCAUGCAUUUUCAUGGCCGGAAUUGCUAGAGCAUCUAAUAGUGCUUGAGGAUAGCGACAUGCGCUCUAUAAGAAAAGGCCAUGCGCCUGAUAUUGCAUCCCCCGGCUCAUGCGGUUCGUAAAUCCGCGAUGAGGGCUGACAAGCGCAAUAUGACGUCGAUCCUUGAAGCCUACCGACAGGAAUUUGUCCAGCAGCGUUUCAAUAGAGGAUUGAGAUCAAUUGAUAUAGAGACAGACGACAUGGAGGCAUGUUUGCAAGAAGAAACGGUCUAGAGUAAUGUCGAUUGACACAGGGUUUAUUGAGAAUCGGAUUUAAUGUUUGGGCAAAAGUGGAGCAGGGUUUUGACGGGGGCCAGACGUUUUUUGCUUGUGAUGUGGAUGCGGCCUCCCAGCUGGUGUUAUCUCGACCAAGUC